UCCUGAAUGUUCACAUGUGGGUGGACAAGAUUAAGUCAUCGUACGUCUACACUGAUUCAAUAACAUUUAACACCCCUGAACACCCAUGAACAUCUGACCGCUCUCAGUAUUUUGGAUGUGUUCCUCUACCAUUUUAUAAGUUGAUGUUAAAUAUAUAGUUUUGCUAAAGUAGCCUAAUUAGCAGAUACGCGUCAGAGGAUCCCCUUCACUCAGAGCUGUCAGAAAAUCAAAGUCCUCGAUUCUGUUUUCGUCCAGUUCAUCUGCAGAAGCAAUGAAACUGGUUAUUUCGUGUAUUCUCGCAUUUUGGACUGGAUUGGUUACAGGGAGCCGUAGUCUCCUGAAUGACUUCCAGCGCUCUGAGGGGAGGGAGCUGGCACCAACAGUCUGGAACUCAGCACGAGUCAUCAUAUUACCAGGACUCACACUGGAGGACUGUGCCAAGAGCUGCUCAAAGACUCUGGACUGCAGAGCCUUCAACUAUGAGACUCGUCCCUCCAUCACCUGUAAACAGCUGCCGUGGGUGGAGGACGGAAGCAAUGCUGAGGUCAAAAGAAAUGUCAACUGUGACCUUUAUGAAAAGAAGGUCUAUGUAAGGAAAUGCAUCGUGGGUAAAGGGGAAGACUAUCGUGGCAAGGUUUCAACAACAAAAAGCGGGCAUACUUGUCAGCAGUGGUGGUCCAAGUUUCCACACGAUCACAGGUGGAUCCCCUCAUCGACUAACGGCUUGGAGCUGAACUACUGCAGGAAUCCUGACGGGGAUCCCAUAGGGCCAUGGUGCUACACUACUGACCAGGAACGCCGCUACGAGAGCUGCAACAUCCCCCACUGCAAAGAUGAGGUGUGUAUUACCUGUAACGGGGAGGACUACCGAGGCCAGGUGGACCACACUGUGAAUGGGAGAGAGUGUCAGAGGUGGGACCAGCAGUUCCCCCACCAGCACAUCUACCAGCCAGAGAAGUAUCCCGAUAAGAGCCUGGACGACAACUACUGUCGUAAUCCUGAUGCGUCUCCAGUCCCCUGGUGUUACACCAUCGACCCUCUGCAGGAGAGGGAGAGCUGUGAGAUCAGCAAGUGUUCCGUGGUUCCAAAAAGACGCGUUCGCUUCAGCUUCACCACCAACUGCUUCCGUGGCCGCGGAGAGGACUACCGUGGUAAAGUGAACGAGACCACGUCCAGUAUCCCCUGCCAACGCUGGGACGCCCAGCAGCCUCACGAGCAUCCCUUCUACCCCAACACCUACGAAUGCAAAGGUUUGGAAGAGAACUACUGUCGCAACCCAGACGGGUCGGAGGCCCCCUGGUGCUUCACCUCCGUGCCUGAGAUGAGGACCGCGCUCUGCCUACAGAUCAAACGCUGCGCAGAUGACAUCGAAGCUGAGGAUUGCUACCACGAGAAUGGUAAAAACUACAGAGGCGUAGUACGCAAAACCCGUAAGGGCAUCACCUGCCAGAAAUGGAGUGUUAACACCCCUCACAAAACCAAGAUCAACCCAGAGACACACCCUCAGGCCAACCUGACAGAGAACUACUGUCGGAAUCCAGAUGGAGAUCAGCAUGGGCCCUGGUGCUAUACGACUGACCCCAAAACUGAGUUUGACUACUGUGCCAUCAAGCAGUGUGCUGGAGAGAAAGUGUCCCUGAUUGAGCCAGCUGAAAAGGUGGAGUUCAACGAAUGUGGGAAGAGAGACGACCGCCGUAUGGCUAGCAUGUUACGUAUCGUCGGUGGGCUCCCUGGCAACUCUCCCUGGACAGUGAGUCUCAGAGACAGGAAAGGAAACCAUUUUUGUGGAGGGUCCCUGGUGAACUCCAAAUGGGUCAUCAGCACCAAGCAGUGUUUCUCUUCUUGUUAUGUGGACUUGCCAGGGUACUCAGCCAAGAUGGGGACCCUGUACAAAGACCCUAAAGAGGGCGAGCCAGAACCACAGACAAUCCCCCUCACCAAGAUUGUCUGUGGACCCUCAGAGUCUCAGCUGGUCAUGCUACAACUGGAAUACGCCGCCCAGUUUAAUGAGCGUGUGUCUCAGAUCUGUCUGCCCCCUGAGCGCUACAUUGUUCCCGAGGAGACUCCCUGUGAGAUUGCUGGAUGGGGGGAGACUAAAGGCACUGGAGAUGAAACUGUCCUAAAUGUGGCUCAGAUACCAGUCAUUAGCAACAAGGAAUGCAACAAAUACUUCCGGGGUCGUGUCCGGGAAAAUGAGAUGUGCACAAACUCCUUCCAGGGUGGAGUAGGAGCCUGUGAGAGAGACUACGGGGGUCCUCUGGCCUGCCAGAACAGUGACUGCUGGGUCCUGGAGGGAGUCAUCAUUCCUAUGCGGCGCUGUGGGCACCCAGGCCAGCCCAACAUCUUCAUCCGGGUCUCCGUCUAUGUGGAUUGGAUCAAGAAGGUCAUGGAGAUGGCCUAGUAGCAGAUCCUACUCCAAUCAGGGACUAUCCCUGCCCUUCUACCGCCACAGCAUCUACAAACUUACUUUAAUCCCUGUCAACCUACCCACUGGCCACACACUGACCCUCUGUUGUCAAUAAUAGUGCAUUGUUUAUUUGUUUGACUGAUGACUGUAAGCAAAAUGACACAUAGUGAGUCUGCAGUCUGACCAAUGACAAUGAAUGCAUCUGUGAGUGUUGUGUAAGUGUGAAUCUUAGGAAUAACCUCAGGAUGGGCUUGUGAAGGGUGUUCAAGUUCAUGUUCCCCAAAAUCCCCCUUUCACCCCUCACUAAAAAUGCUGACCACCAAACCCUACACCACCACUUCUGUGGGACUGCGUGGUGCACUCAAAUACCUUCUUUGCCCCCCAGCCUCGAAAGAAAUCCCCCUCUGCCUGUCUUUUGAUGCUUGCCCCCACCUCUAAAGACAUGCCAUUGUGCCUUAUGCAGAACUGUAUACGCUGCACAUUCUUUCUGGUUCUAUAGGAGGAUUUUUGUAACUCGGUCCUGAUGAGCCCACGGAAUUCAGCUUAAAUAAACCGAAGAGUUUAGAGAUCAGAGUCCAACGGAAUCUCAGACACACCAGUCUGUGGAAAGGCAGUGGACUGACUCUGGCAGUGGUCUCUCUCUCUCUCUCUCUCCCUCCUGCCCUCUCUCUGUGUCUGUCUCACACUCUCCCUCUUCCUAUCUCUAUCUCUUUUUUGCACCCUCACACAAACUAAAAGCAUGUGCCAACACAGAAUCACAUGAUUAUUCAGAAGCAUCUAUUGAUUCUCUUGACAAAAUGUAUAUGCAUUGGUAGAAAAGUUAAGAAUAAGAUUGCACAGUUUAGAUGGCAGUUUGGCGGUUAAGAGUUUACCGUCAUGCUGUUCACUUUCAUAAGAUGAUGUUCCUGAUAGAUGACUAAUCAAAUACAGGUAUGACUGGUGUACUACUUUAGUUCUGAAAAACAUUACCAAAAUUGUUAAUGUAUGAGUAGGUUAACCUCACGACAUGUGGAUUCUCGAUGUCUUCACUAAUUAAUCAUAAAGCUGUACAUGUGUUGUCUGUUGUGUUGUAACUGUAGAAAGAGAGAUCAGAAAGAUUUAAAACCCCAGUGAUGUUU